AUGUCGGGUGAAUCUCCCCUCGAGUUCAAGGGUGUCCUGGAGGGACACACCGAUUGUGUCACGGCCAUUUCGACCCCCUCUCAGAAGUCCAACACAAUCGUUUCCUCCUCCAGAGACCACAAGGUGAUUGUGUGGACUCUGAACGAGAACCCGGACGACACCGGCAGCGUUGGCUACGCGCGCCGCGCGCUGACGGGUCACUCGCAGUGCGUGCAGGACGUCGUGAUCAACAGCGACGCGCAGUUCGCGCUUUCUGGAAGCUGGGACAAGACCCUGCGCCUGUGGGAUUUGAACCACGGUGUGACUGUGCGCUCGUUCCAGGGCCACACCAGCGACGUCAACUCCGUCGCGUUCAGCCCCGACAACCGCCAGAUCGUCUCUGGUUCGCGCGACAGAACGAUCAAGCUGUGGAACACGCUCGCGGAGUGCAAGUACACCAUCGUCGACGACCAGCACAAUGACUGGGUCUCCUGCGUCCGCUUCUCGCCCUCGGCCAGCAAGCCGCUGAUCGUCUCCUGCGGCUGGGACAAGCUCGUGAAGGUCUGGAACCUGAGCAACUGCAAGCUGCGCACCAACCUCGUAGGCCACACGUCCGUGCUCUACACCGUCACCAUCUCCCCCGACGGCUCGCUGUGCGCGUCCGGAGGCAAGGACGGCGUCGCCAUGCUCUGGGACGUCAACGAGGGCAAGCACCUCUACUCCCUCGACUCGAACUCCACCAUCAACGCCCUGUGCUUCUCCCCCUGCAACUACUGGCUCUGCGCCGCCACCGACAAAUCCGUCAAGAUCUGGGAUUUGGAGAACAAGAACGUCCUCUCCGAGAUCACCCCCGAGAAGACCAACCGCAGCGGCGCACCCUGGUGCACGUCCCUGAACUGGUCGCACGACGGUCGCACUCUCUUCGUCGGUACCUUCACCGGUGCUAUCAACGUCUACGAGGUUUCCUCCGAGCAAGUCACCGCCUAG